AUGAGUAGCAGUACAUUGAUAGAAGUUUUUGGUCACAUCGUGUUCAGUUUCACACGAGGCGUCACAGAGCAUUACAAUCCUGAAGAACCUGAAUUUACAGCGGAAUCCUUUGGCUACGAUCCAUUGGAAAGCACUGGUCGAGAAUGGUAUUAUCAUCCUGUAGACGAGUUUAUAUUUCAAGAAUACAGGGAUAGAACUAACACAGCUUUUUUUUAUCUUCCACCAUCAAGUCUUGAUGUGAGAUGUAUAGACGCGUGCGCACCAGAGGAAAAUGAGGAGAAGUUAGGCGGCCAACAAGAUGAAGAUCAAUCAAUGGCUUGGAAGCAGCUCAGACCAUCUGCUUUCUUCACAGUGGGGAAAGCAAUGCAUAUUGGAGCACUGAUUUCACUGAUAACGUCUACUGUUGUAGGCUUUCUAUUCAUGUCGGUCAUUUAUCUGUCGUAUAAGACUGAACUCAGCUGUCAGUUUCACUCUAGAGAGUCAAUUCCGGUACAAGUUCAAUGGAUCAGUUCAAUAUCUGGUAUCCUCUCCUGUGCCUUUCUAUAUAUGUGGUUCUUCGUAUGUGUGGUUUUGUUAUUUCGCCCAUUUCAGCUGAUCGGGGUGAAGAGAAAGCUUGUCCUAGCAACUUUUCUAUUGUAUAGCUUAGACACAUUUUAUCGUGUUGCUCUUCAAGUGUUACAAAUAAAUCAGUCAAAGGCUUUCACAAAGCAAAAGAUCCCUCUUUGUCUUUUGUUUCUUAUGAGCAUAUGCGUGCAAGUUUAUCUUUUAAUGAAGCAUUUUUUGAGUGGACGCUCGAGAAGACAACGGGCAACAUUUUUCUUUCAAAUUAUUCUACCGACCUGUUUUAGCGCAACUGAGGUAUAA